AAAAAUUAUUAGUUAGCACACUGUCUCAUUAUUAACAAUUAAACAACGUUUAAUGUCUCGAAAAAAAGAACAUAUUUUACUUCUAAUAAAAUAAAAUCGAAAAGUAAAAAAUUCGAAAAAAAUUAUAAUUUUGAGACCACUUUUACGUAUAAAUAAAAGAAGUAAAUUUAAAAGUAAAUAAUUGAUUUUAACAAGUUGAUCAAACCAGUUGUCUCUGCCUUCUAAUUUCUUUUGUUAAAAAAAAACUAUAAUGUCACGUGGCAAAGGAGGAAAAGCUAAAGGAAAAUCUGUAACAAGAUCAUCAAGAGCUGGACUUCAGUUCCCCGUUGGGCGUAUUCAUCGAUUCUUGCGCAAAGGACAUUACGCUAACCGUAUCGGAUCAGGAGCGCCAGUUUAUUUAGCUGCUGUGAUGGAGUAUCUUUCUGCUGAGAUCUUGGAAUUAGCUGGUAACGCUGCUCGCGACAACAAGAAAUCCAGAAUUAAUCCACGUCAUUUACAACUGGCUGUCCGAAACGAUGAAGAAUUAAAUAAAUUGUUAGCUGGUGUCACUAUUGCAAAUGGUGGUGUGCUGCCAAACAUACAAGCUGCUCUGCUUCCUAAACAUAACGAGAAAGUCCACAAGUCACCGCACAAACACUAACUUUUAGUAGGUGCAUUAAACGGCUAUUUUCAUAGCCACAUAUUUUUAA